GCAACAACAUUAUCAAUCAUUGGAACUGCAGGUAGAGACUUGACCAAGCCAAUGUCUAUUCUACAGUAUGAAUUCAUGUGUGUAUCAGUUCAAUCGUUUAUGGUCAUCAAUAAGUUGCAUACAAAGGAACUUACACUGGUGAGUGGAGGUGCAGCUUGGGCAGAUCAUGUUGCCGUUGAUCUGUUCUUAAAGUCAUAUCCUAGAUUUAAAUUGAUAUUGUAUUUACCUUGUGAGAUUGUUAAAGGAGAGGAUGGCACUUAUCAAUACUUGGACAAUGGAUCAAAGGAUUGGAGGACAAAUCCAGGUCGUACAUCAAAUAUCUAUCAUAAUUCAUUCAAGUCUAUAAUUGGAAGGGAUACAAUCCAAGAGAUAAUUGAUGCAAAGGAAUUGGGUGCAGUGUUGGAUACUAGUUCCAAAGGAUUCCAUGAUAGGAAUACAAAGGUAUCAAAGUCAGAAUACUUGGUCGCAUUGACAUUUGCAGAGGGUCUCGCACCAUCUAGUGGAGGCACACUGGACACAUGGAACAAGUCCAAAUCCAUCAACAGGUAUCACUUCACUGUGAAGCCAGUAUCGACACCAUCGUCCAAGAGGGAUAGAGAUAGAGAUGAUGAUGAUAAUGAUCAAGAGGAGGAGGAGGAGCAGGAUGGCUUUGAAGAGUCGAGCAAGAUCAUACCCAAAGAUGAGGAUAGGCCACCACUCAAACAAAUGAAGAAGUCGACGAAGAAGACGACGAAGAAGAAGGCCAUU